AUGUCGCAGGCAGCAAAGAACGUGAUAGUGAAGCUGAUAGUAGGAGCAGGUCAGGCAGCGCCAUCACCACCCGUGGGGCCUGCACUGGGCUCUAAAGGUAUCAAGGCCAUUGACUUCUGUAAAGAGUUUAAUGCAAGAUCGGUUAAUUAUCAACCAGGCGUACCCGUCCCAGUACUAAUUACAAUCAAACCAGAUAGAUCAUUUACAUUUGAAAUGAAAUCUCCGCCCACCGGAUACUUGCUAUUGAAAGCUCUUAAAAUGGAAAAAGGACAUGGACAACCAAAUGUGAGUACAACCCUAACCGGCACACCCGUUAAGGGGCCACCUCGUAUUUUGGGGGAAUUAUCAUUGAAGCAUGUUUACGAAAUAGCCAAAAUUAAAAAGACCGAUGAAAGGCAUAAUUUGUUGGAAAUGGAAGGCGUCGUCAAGUCAAUAAUCGGCGUCGCGAAAAGUAUGGGUAUCAAAGUUGUGCCUUGA